AUGCGUCUGAGCCACGUCCUAAUCGCGACUUCGGUUGCUCUGUUUUCGAGCUCCGACAGCCUCGUCAGCGCCCAGGACGCCAUCGUUGGGGGUGCCCGCAAGCUGACCGUGAGCGAGCCGUCGCUUGUGCAUGACGCCUCUAUCUCGACCAAGACGACCAAGGAAAAGAAGGUGAUGUCCACUUGGGACGAGAGCGGAUCGGAUGACGAUGACAUGCAGCAGCAGCAACAGCAGCAGGAGAUCGAGUCCGAUUCCGACUCCGGAAGCAGCGCCCCCGCGACCAAGAAGGCUCCCGCUACGAAGACGAAGAUGCUGCCGGUUGUUGACUCCGAGUCUGCCAGCGACUCCGACUCCGGAAGCAGCGCUCCUGCGGCCACGAAGGCCCCCAAGAAGAAGGUCCCCGCUACGAAGACUAAGAAGCAGCCGGUCGUUGAGUCUGAAUCUGCCAGCGGUUCGAGCGGCGACGACAGCGACCUGGACGACCUGCUGUCCAUGAGUGGCAGCGGCUUCGACGACCUCUUCUCCCUGACCAGCAGCGAGCUCGAUGACCUGCUCAAGUCUCUGGAAGGCAGCGACGCGGCCGACUCCGAGUCGGGCAGUAAAGAGGCGACCAAGGCCCCGAAGAAGGCCAAGAAGGCCAAGAAGGGCAAGACGCCGGUGGAGUCUGCGUCGGGAUCGAGCGAGGACGGCAGCGACUCGUUCGACCUGUUCGCCUGGUCGGGAUCUGGCAGCGACCUGGCUUCGACCUCGAUGACUACUGUGACCUCGGAGUCUGCCUCGACUUCAGCCUCGGCGUCUACUUCGACGUCGGAAUCCACGUCGGGAUCGAGCGAGGAGGACAGCGACCUGUUCGGCUCGAACAGCGACCUGAGCGACCUGCUCUUGAGCGAGAGCGGCUCGGACAGCGAGGCUUCGGCUGAGUCCGCCUCCGAGUCGGGCGAGGGCUCCAGCUACCUGGACGGCUUGUUGUCGUCUGGCAGCGACGACGACCUGCUGCCCACGAGUCUUCCCAAGAAGGGCAAGGUUGCCAGCUCUUCCUCUUCCUCCUCCACCUCCUCUUCUUCCUCUACUUCUUCUGCGUCGUCGGCACCGUCCAGCGGCUCCUCGAGUGAGGAGGCGGCGACGGAGGCUCCUGCCAACAACCCCGAUUGCGACAGCAGCGGCUUCUUUGGCGGCAUUAAAUCGUGGUGGAAGAAGAACGUCACCAAGUCGUGUCCUAAGACGCGCCGCCUUCGACUGACGGAGUAA